AUGUCUGCAUGGCGAGGCACUUGUAUCGUAAAGAUAUCUGGUGGACACGUGCUACGCCCAGCGAUUUCCGUUGUUUCAGGCAGGUUUUACUGCAGACUAUCUGGAGGGGGAGUGCCUAAUCACACCUUGAAAUUGCGGUUGAACGACUUUGUCGUUCAAGGCAAUUCUUCGGAUUACCUGAAAUGUACGAUUAAAAUCUUUAGCCUAGAAGCGUAUCAAGAGCGUAGUUGUGCAAGCAGCGACAGACAAGGUAGAAAAGCAAUUCCUUGGAUCGCAGGACCACAACUUGAAAAACGUACCGGAAAAUACGGCACUCCACGUUUAGAAUAUCUUCAAGAACUGGUAAAUGAAUAUCAGACUACAACAGAUAUAGAGGCAAAGCACCAAAUCCUGGCGAAUUUGGCGAAUUUCGCAUAUGAUCCAAUCAAUUAUAAAUUUUUAUGUCAAUUGAACGUUGUGGAUUUGUUCUUGGAUGCGAUUACCGAACCAGAGGAGAAAAUCAAAGAGUUUGAAAACCGCGCAAAAGAGCACAUAAUCACCUCUGAUGGGCUUCCUCUGAUUAUUGACUGUCUAUCAAGUGAAAAUGAAAAUACGGUGCUUUCAGCACUCGCCACAUUAAUGUUCUUGAACAUAUCUUUCAGCAAAUCAGAUAUUAAAUCUGUCUUUGAACGUGUAAAACAAUUGUCGCAGACUGAUAAUCGCAAAAUAUCAAAUCUUGCUAUUGUAUUCUUGCAGGAUUAUCUGGAGACUGAUUUAGUCAAGGAAAGUGAACGAAAUCACAAUUUAUAA